AAAAUCUGGACAGCAAUAUGCUUGACGUGCGCAACCCAGUACCAGAAGAAAAGCGACGUUCCCAGACCCCCACCAACGCUAACAAUGCCUGGCAGAACUGCCGCAGGCUGAUCUAUGUCCACAGGUCCGCACAAAAAGGAUAUAUGAUUGGUCAUUGGCCCAUUCCAGAGAACUUUUGGCCGGACCUGAACAGUCCCACCUUGACCCCACGGUCAGCCCACCCUAAUGUGAAGUUUUCCUGUACCCCCUGUGAUCCUAUGGCUGUCGAGAAUUUCCCCUUUGAUAAAUACGAGUUGGAACCGUCCCCUCUGACACAGUACAUCCUGGAGAGGAGACAGCCAAAUGCUUGCUGGCAGGUGUUUGUAAGCAAUAGUGCCAAAUACAGCGACAUUGGUCAUCCGUUUGGCUAUCUAAAGCCCAGUAGUAAUCUCACCAUGGUCAAUCUGAUAGUGAUGCCAUACAACUACCCAGUGUUGCUGCCUCUACUUGAAGAUCUAUUCAAAGUCCACAAACUGAAACCUAACCAAAGAUGGCGGCAGCAGUUCGACAACUAUCUCAAAACCAUGCCAGUGUACUAUGCAGGGCCACUGCGGAGAGCUCUUAGUCGUAUGGGUGUUCCCAACCUCGUACCAGAGAACAUGGAAAACUGUCUUAGCUACAGCGUUAUUUCCUACCUCAAGAAACUGAAGAACCAGGCCAAGCAGGAUUACGACCGUCUGGUAGCCUCUGUUGGACAGAAAAUACCUCUACAUGAAGGAAUCAAAGUACAGUCAAGGUCCCAGACGUCACUUUUAGAGCGGAAGGACCUGCAGCAGUUAAUGCAACAUUACGGGGGCUCUAUCUCAGUGCUGAAGGAACAGCUCAGUGAAUACAGUGGCUUCAGUCUGGGUGUUCCUGACAGAGAUAUUAAACCACAGAUGUAUAGGAAUCCUUUUGAUAUACCAAGGACAGAUCUUCUCGAUCAAAUAUCCCGGAUGCGUGCCAAUUAUUUACAGCCCUCCCCAACAGGCACCCGCCUCGUGGAUGACGAUCAAAUGCACAGCAUACCAGUCCAAGAGAUGGGCAACUACCAGGAAUAUUUGAAGAAGGCCCCGCAGCCGCUGAGAGAGAUUGACACACAACCUGUCAGGUUACAUAUGUUUGGAAAUCCCUUCAAAGUUAAUAAAAAUAUAAUGAUAGACGAAGCAGAUGAGGCAAUGCCAGGGCAGCAGAAAAUGAAACGUUCCUUAGAAUCUCCGCCCAGUUCUCCAGGCCCUAAGAGACGGAAACCUGGUCCUCUCCCCAAAGAUAUAAAAUGGCGUCCAGGGUCCCCCUCCAUAGGGCAACAAAUGGAAGCCCAGAAAUGUGACGAUUCUAAAGUCAAAGAACAAGAAACAAAUCACAACAAUCUGAUUGCCAAGGACAACAACCAUGUGAUCAAGAAUGCCUCUCCUGAACCAAUAGAAAUGAACAAUCACUUUGAUGCCUCAGACACAGAAUCUGUGAACAGUGACACCAAUUCCCUCUCGCCCCCAACCAUAGUAUUAGAUGGUUACACAUCGCAGGGAGAAGAGGACAAUCUUAGGGGGAGGCUUUCACCCAUGUCAAAAUUACAGCAACAGAAACAAGAAGCUCAGGCGAUAGCGCAUAAUAAAAAAUUACGACGAUUGGUCGUUCGGGAAGUGAAACAACCUGGAAAAAAUUAUGCCCCAUUGUUUCAACAUCUCGGCUGUAUCCAAGGCAACCUUGACCUCAAACUGACAUUUCUUAGAGACGUAAUUCAUGAAGCCUCGCGCUUCAAAAAACGCGCGCUGAUUGAAAUGCUUGAACAGUUUGAAGAGACGUUGGUGAAAAAAGAGAUGGGAAAUAACAACAGACAAAACAACUGCCACAAUGUGAAAGUAUUACCAGGCUCUAAUGACGGGAGGUAGCUGAGGAGGUUGGGGGGGG